AUGCCACGCCUAGCGCUGCGACAAUAUAAUUACUAUUACCGUGUCAAUGGCGAGAAGGCCGAGCAAUUACUAAAGGAUUACGGAGACAAUGGAGACUUUCUGGUGCGAUACAGCGAGUCGAACCCGCAGAAUUUCUCGAUUUCCGUCAGAGUUUCGGAAAACAAGAUCCUUCAUAUCAAGGUGAUGAAGUUUGAAAAUGAUAUGCUCAGCAUUUUCGACGAUCAACGGACAACUCCUAAUGAGUUCAGUUCAAUUACUGAACUUCUCGAGUUUUACAUGGAGUUUCCGGAAAAGCUUCGUGAGAAGAAUGGCCUCUUUCUUGAGCUCAAAAAACCUGUACACGUGCCGUAUCAACUGGAGCCGUUAGCCGAAGAGCAACGGCGUACGCAACUUUAUCGAUGGUGGCAUGGAAACUUACCAGCAAGCAGUGCCAACAAAUUGCUUCAGAAUGAGAAGAACGGAACUUAUUUGCUGCGAGCUAGUCAACACAUUCCUGGUGCUAUGGUUAUAUCUGCAAAAACCGAAGGACAUGUGGUUCAUUUGACCAUCUAUCAAGAUCAUUUAACCGGAAAAUACAACAUUGACGGAGAUCGUGCCAAAUUCAACACAGCCUGGAUACUCAUCGAUUCCUACUCUAAAAAUCCCAUUGUGGAGAAAGGAGAAGCAAGUAGAGUUUUGUACUUGGAAGAGCCACUUUUCAACACGUUCAUCGAAGCAGAUCUAUUUUGUGACCGUUUCGAAAUUGUCCGACGGCCACUAAAUCCAAGGGAAUCGAUGGAAAAGACGGGGAUUUCUGAAGAAUUUGAUGUAAGAGAAGAGGAAUUUGUUGUAUUUUUAAAAGUUGUUUUUUUUCAGCGCCUUUCACAAGAAGCUCUUCCAGCUGAGCAAUAUUUGUCCAAGAGAGAAGGACGUAGACCUGUCAAUGCCGAUAAAAAUCGUUACAAAAAUAUUGUUCCUUUUGAUCAUACUCGAGUGAUUCUCCAACCAGGACCAAAUGAUAAAAAGGAAACUCCUGGAAGUGAUUAUAUCAAUGCUAGUUAUGUCAGGUUUGAAAACAGUCAGCGAACGAAGAAUGUCACUUUCGCUUGUGAAAAAUCAUUUAUCGCCACUCAAGGAUGUCUGGAUUCCACUAUUGUCGAUUUCUGGAAAAUGGUUUGGCAAGAGAACUCUCGAGUCAUCGUUAUGCCAACUAUGGAGAAUGAGCGGAAAGAGAAAUGUGCGAGAUAUUGGCCAACAGAAGUAAACAAGGAAAUGAAAAACGGGGAGAUUACUGUAACUUGCACUAUCGAGAGAAAAGUUCAAAGACUUGUGACUGAAGAGGUGAAAGUCGAGUUGGAGAAAGAGAGAGCGAUUAGAAUUGGAAAAGGAUUAGUACCAGAGGCAGAGCUCAAUGCGGAAGGCGUUAGUCACAUACUGCGUACACUCUUGAUCAAGAAAGGAAAAGAAGUUCGAGAAGUUCGACAAUUGCAGUAUCUGACAUGGCCGGAUCAUGGUUGUCCAUUGCAUCCGUAUGCCGUCCUCAACUUCCUAGAAGACGUCGAUCGUGAAUAUGAUUACUUCAAUGCACAACCGAUCACUGCUACUCUACCACAAGGACCAAUCGUGGUUCAUUGUAGCGCUGGAAUAGGAAGAACUGGAACCGUUCUUGUGUUAGAUGCACUUUUGACUCAAGUCAAGAAAGUGGGACUUUUGUGCCCGAUGGAUGUGUUCAAAAUGGUCAAGUAUGUCAGAACUUAUCGGUCAGGUCUUGUGCAGACGGAACAACAAUAUCAAUUUCUCUACAAGGCCCUCGCAUUCUAUCUGAAGACUCAUAAUCCGGUAAGAAAACUUUUUUUCCCUGCCAAAUCAUUCAUGGAAGGAGAUGCCGACGCUUUCGAUUAUCCAAGGCGUCUUCGUCCUAUUCCUGGCUCAUCUCGCCCGUCUUCUUCCCGCCAAACAACUGCAUCGCGUCCAGCGUCCUCUGCAUCUUCUCGAGCUCAUUCACGUCCACGUACUAGUGGACAUUCAGAACCAACUCCCGAACGCAGCUCUUCGUCCACAUCAUCGCCGUCUACUCUGCUUAAAUCAGCAAAGAAGUAA